AUGCAACGAAAAGAACUAUUAUUUGCAUUAUUCAUAGUUUUUCCGGAUGUCAUUCUCAGUAUGAUGCAAUCUGCUAAAAGCCUCACUCUCAAGAGGCUGCAACAACUGCCUGAAACGCGCCGUCUGACGCAAAAAUACAGCAUUGCUGUGGGUGUACCAACUCUAGUCAUCAGAGGGAGAGGGGUUCGAGACGCUCUGCUAAGUGACCCAACAGGGGAGGGGUUCCCCUGGCCAGCCCCACCGCUCAACGAGGUGCUAAGGGGCAUUCAGCUACAGGGCGAGCAGUCUAAGCUGUAUGAAGAAUUACCUGCGAAUGCUAUUAGGGUGUUCUACUUUGCAGCUCAUUGGUGCCCGCCAUGCCGAUCGUUUGCGCCGAGUUUAUGUUCAACGCUGUCAGCCGUCCGCAAGCGCAGAGCCAAAUAUGCGAACACGCAGCUUAUACUCGUUUCCAGCGAUCGAUCAGAACAAUCAUUCAAGCGUACAGUAGCAUCAGUAGCCGCGGGGGGUGCCCUAGCUGUGCCCUGGUCAGCGACCGAAGCACGAACAGCGUUACCUGCUGCGCUCGGAGUGGCUGGUAUCCCUGCGCUGGUGAUCACUGAUGCUGUCGGAAAAUUACUGACGUCAAAUGGCAGGCAGCAUUUGGCGGCAGAUCCUACAGGCUUGAAUUUCCCGUGGGGCCAACGAGCAGUGUCUGUGUUGACGGAACAGGCGUUGCUGAAGAUGGCACGGCAUCCAGCACUGGUUUUAUUUAUCGACGACGAGGACUCCGAAAUCGAAUUCGCCGAAUCAGUACUAAUGCCGGCAGCGGAAUCAUACUACGAAGAAUGCAGCAUCCAAUAUCCCGGCUUUUGUCCCUACCAAAACUCUUCUGAUGACGAAAGUAUGGACUUCGAUUAUUCCACAACAAAAUCGUCCAAAAUCAAGAAGAAAUCCUUCAAACACGUAAUGUUUUUUAUAGGAAUAGAAGGAUCGGAUAGUGCUGAUAUGAUCAGGGAACACAUAGGCUUAGACGACGCGGUGCCCAUGUUAACAGCUAUCGAUUUCCCAAAACAACGCAUGGUGACCAUGAAGUUUGGGGAUGAAAUUACCACAGAUUCAGUACAGAAUUUUGUCGAUGCUUUCUUAAGUGGCAACGCCGAGUUUAAGCCUUUGAAACCCUAUAGUGAUAAAUGUUAA